GUGGGUGGCCAAGGUCGCCUGUGUAAAGUGAAUGUGAUUUUCAAUUACACAGCUCAGAGCAGGGUGGAAGUUGAGAGAGGUGGACACACAAGGCAAAAUUUUAACUACCUGAUUCCACACGGUACCUAACGCAUUUUGGUGGCAGCUUACAGCAGGUUUCAUCAGGCGACUGUGACUAACUGAGCAGAUCAGUCUGGAGAUUAUAAAGGUAGGGUGAAGAUGCCACUGAUGAGAGAUGUGCAUAAGAAAGCAGACGACAUCAACGCUGUUUAUGAGCUGAGGGAGAAACUAGGAGAAGGCUCCUUCUCGGAGGUGAGAGUAGCUCAGCACCGCAGGACGCAGAAGCUUGUAGCGGUCAAGUGCAUCCGCAAGAGGGCACUAAAGGGCAAGGAAUCCAUGUUGGAGAACGAGAUUGCAGUAUUACGCCGAAUCAAGCAUGAAAAUAUCAUUUCGCUGGAGGAAACCUUCGAAACGCCUACAAAACUUUAUUUGGUAAUGACACUGGUGACCGGAGGAGAGCUGCUUGACAGGAUUCUGGAGCGGGGAAGCUAUACAGAGAAGGACGCCAGCCGGGUCAUAAAGCAAGUGCUAGAGGCCGUCCAGUACCUCCAUCAGCUAGGCAUUGUACACAGAGACCUAAAGCCUGAGAACCUGCUGUACGAAACUCCAUUAGAAGAUUCGAAGAUUGUCAUCAGUGACUUUGGACUGUCUAAGAUGGAGGACCAGGGCGCUUUAUCCACAGCUUGUGGAACUCCUGCUUACGUAGCUCCUGAGCUGUUACAACAGAAGACGUAUGGCAAAGAAGUCGACCUUUGGGCCCUGGGAGUUAUUUCAUUCAUACUGUUGUGUGGAUACCCUCCUUUCUACGAUGAAAAUGACUCUCAGCUCUACAAGCAGAUCGUAAAGGCUGAUUUCGAGUUCGACUCGCCAUACUGGGAUGACAUCUCACAUUCAGCCAAAGACUUCAUAGUCCACUUACUGCAGAAGGAUCCAGAGAGGAGGUUCAAUUGUGAGCAGGCCUUGCAGCAUCCUUGGAUUUCAGGGGGAGCUGCUCUGGAGAAAAACAUCCACGGCUCGGUCUCCGCGCAGAUUCAGAAGAACUUUGCCAAGAGCCAGUGGAAGAGAGCCUUUAAUGCCACUAUGGUGGUGCAUCACCUCAGGAAAAAGGCUCAUGCCAGCGAGGAGGAGGAAGGGGACACAUCCAUGAGAACAGGGACAUCAUGAAGACCCGAUGGCAGAAGACCAAAAGUCUGUCAACUUCACAAAUCUGGCUGCGCACUUGUCCUAGCAGGGCCUGUGCCACGAACUGCUGAUGUAGGCGCUAUCUUCUGCUUUGCCUGACACAAACCAGUAUGAAUUGUACUGGUGCCAGAUGGAAACUGUAUUGGAACCUCCUUUUGUGUAAGUCGCUACUGCUGCAUUUUACCGCACUAUUACUGUAAGAAAUGCUUAAUUGCACUGUUCUGUGUGUGUUUACAUAUAAAAGCGUGCUGCUAUUUAUGUUACCAACAAUUAUUAACUUGGAAACAUUCCAAGCUGUUGAGAAAUUGGAGGCAAAUAUAUCUGUGCAGGCCAUACAAGCAUA